CUUUAUUUAUUGUUGCUUGUUAUCUAAUGUUGCUAUUGUAAAAACAAUCCGGUGAAACCUGUGCCACGUGGCUGCGCAAAGGGUGGUGGGGCCGCACGUGACGCCAGCGAUGACUUGGGGAAGGGCGGCCCCGGCGACGUCGGCAAUGGCAGUCCCGAGGUUGGGCAAAGUAAACACGGUGGUGGCGGAAGUGGAUGUGCUGGAAAUGUAAACACUAAGGGCGGGCGCAGAGAAAAGUUUAAGCGUGAAAGUGAAGAAGCUGUUGGAGGUCGUGUGAAGAAACGUAAACAGCUUCGACCUUAUUCUCCGUAUGAACCUGGCCAGAGCCUUCUUCUGAUGCUGAGGUUGAAGAAGAAAAUGGUGGAAGAGACGAGUGAAGAAGAGAAGGAGAAAAAAAUUGACUUUUUCAGUGACGACGAAGAUCUGCCGCACCACUUUUUAUUCGAAGACGAGAAGCCACCACGGGAGCGCGCUAGCAAAACAAAAGGCGAGCGUGAUGGCCUGGCUGCAGCUCACGCUAGUGUGUACAACCAUCUGCCCCUGGUCACGCGCAAAAGCUACGCUUCGUUUGCAAGCAUGAUGUUCACCAAGAGCGACGCGGAAAAGGAUGCUCGGUUAGCUCACAGCUCGCUCGAAGUUUCAUCAGAAAACUUCAAAAUCGAAGCCGGUAUACACAACGUCGGAUACCAUCUCGAAAUCAAUGUGAACAGUUUGACCAAGCAUACAAGGAAUUCUGCUCGUUUUGUGAAAACGGUCACAGCGGUGUUCGUCUGAAUUUUGAUAAGAAUUGGAAGGGCUAUCGGAAGAUGUGGUCGAAUUACUUGCGCAACAAAGUGCCCUUCGCUGGUAACACUACCACGAACCGCAUCGAAUCAAAUUGGAACCUGCUGAAACAGCUCCUUGAAAAAAAAAAACAGCAGUGGGCCAGGCCGUAGCCACGCUCCUAAGACAUCAGACCAACAUUUCAAGGCAAUUUUUGCAGGCGAUACACCGACACAACAGCAGAUUUCGAAAUCGUGACAUAAUUCCGGUUUUUUUGAGACGCGCUGCUGCGCUCAUAAGCGAUUACGUUUUACCGAAAGUCCGACGACAAUGGGAUCGUUUUGUGGUAACGUUGGAGAAGAUUUCGUGUGAAAAACGCAAUGAUGAGUUGUCGAUUUGGGAUGUAUUCGUUAGUUUCAAAGUAUACACGUGCAAUGAUCUUGACUGGACCUGCACCUGCUUGUUCGCGACGAGCCACGCACUACCAUGUCAGCACAUCAUGUUCAUUUGCCGGUACGGACAUGGAUUUGAAGAGAUGCCUACCAUGACAGU